ACGCUCAGCGAGGGCGAGCUGCCGCUGCACUCGCGCAACACCGGUAGAAAACUUAUAUCCCCCGGCGAGAGAAGACGGAAGACUAGUAGCGGAGAAAUAUCGCCUCCAUUUUCGACGUCCCAACGCGUGGAGGACGCCCUGCAAGCUAUCGGGGAGGAGCUGUCGCGUUGCCGGGCGCUGCUGCAGCGCCAGCGCCCCCAGCAGGGCAAAAGUUCAAAAGACAUGUCGUGCAACACGGAGGGCGCGUCGGAGGCGCUGGCGCUGCGGCGCGCGGAGGGCCAGGCCCGCAUAGUGGCCACUCACUCACACAUAUGCCACUUCACAUUGCACAUCGGCACGCUUGUUUUAUCCGACCAGGCUGUACUGCAUUCGCGUGGUAAAUCGCUGCUAUUAACGUGGCGGUUCUACGAGCAGAAUGCGGGGCUGGCGCGUGUGCCGCCCGGCCGCGUCGCUCACUUCGAUCUCACCACAGAGUACCAGCUACCCUUCACUGAACACUUCCUUGAGUACAUGAGGAAUGAGGACAUGUGCCUGAAGAUCUGCGAAGUUAACAAGAUGGAUGAGGUAUUCGCGAGCUGCGCGCUGCCUUUGCGCGACACGUUGCUGCACGCGAACCGCCGCGCUGAUAUGUCACUGCCACUGAUGGCGGGUGAGGAGAUUGUGAGCAGCCGGGUGGUGACUGACGCGCUGGACUGCGGCGAGGAGGCUGGCGUGCUGGACGUGUGGUGCCAGUUAAGGCUAGAUCCUGCCUUACUCGCCGCGCUGCGCAAAGGCUCCAGCAAGGCAGCGACUAUGUGUGCACCAGCAGGCGAGGACCAGUCCAGCGUGUUCCAUCUUACACGGGAGUUAGAGGAGAGUCUACAAUGCAACAGAAAUAGUAAACCAUUACCCGGACUGGUAUUAAAUAAUACGCAACUAACAGUAAGGUCUUCGCAAGAGGUGCGUCAGGCGGUCGCUAAUGAAAUCAGACCGCCGAGCAAAUUGCGGGUUCUUGUUGGUUCUGAUUCAAAUACGAUUUACAGUCUAAUGAAAAACAAGCACUGGAGAGCCGGGUACCCAAAGUCAUCAAACGGGCAUGGACAGAAGAAAUCAGUGACGAUCGGACUGGAACGCGAUGAGAUGGAAGUGGUCGAAGUGCCUGUUAAAGAGCGUAGUUCAAUAGUGACGAAUUUGGGGCCGGAGGAGGAGAUGCGCAACCAAACGCUGGACAUUACUGUGGUGUGGCUGGCUUUAAGCGAGGAGUGUGAGGCGAUGGCUAACCCUGACGUGCAGCGGCUGUUCGUCGCCUACAGCUUCCUGGGCAGGGAAGGUGCCGAACUGGAGACGCCGAUCAGCCUUCCUAAGCCGAAGAGUUGUAACGACAAGUGCUAUUUCAACUUUAAUAAACAGUUCGUGCUGAACGACAGCGAGCUGCCGCUGCUGGGACACAUGGCGCGGUGCCGACAGCGAGACACCACACAGCCCGCGCACUCCGACUGCCUCACCUUCGCAGUCGUCUCCGAGCCCCCCGAGGAUCCGCUCGGACUCGACACCUGUGAGGAUAUCGGCUACGCGCACCUGUACCUGGGUGACGUGCUGGCGCGCAGCGCUGGCUCGGACAGCUACACGGAGGUGCUGUCGGUGCAUGCGCGCUCCGGCCCCGUGUGCGGCGUGCUGGCCGUGCGCCUCGCCGGCCUGCACGUGCUGCGCAGUCUCUGAGUUCGGCGAGUGGGUGAGCCGGGUGGCGGUGCCGGCGCUACUCGCGGGCCGGUUGAGCGACGCCCGGGCCGGCGCGCCCGAAGCCCGUAUGAAUAUGGAAAAUAACGGGCCGCAGCAGGGGCCUGCCCAAGCCCAACUACUUCCCGCUCCUUGCGCCCAUCUCGCCGGCGGACGCCAAGCGCUGCUGCAG